AUGGCGGCGAUAUACAAUCACGAGAGGCGCAUGGGAGAUCGGAACACGGUGUUGAGGGGAAUCAAGCCCACGGGUCCCGGCACCGGCACCAACAUGCUCCACGUCACGCGCAUGAUGAAGGACAUCGACCCGUCGCGCCCCAUCCGCUUCAUCCUCGUCGAGGGCCCCGAGCAGUUCAAGCCCGAGUACUGGAACCGGGUCGUCGCCGUCUUCACGACGGGCCAGGCCUGGCAGUUCAAGAGCUACAAGUGGGGACAAGCCCCCGACAGCGUCGCGAGCUGGGGCCACCGCGUCAUUGCCUGCGCGGUGGAUCGGUGGAGGGACGCCCCCGAUGCCGCGAGGUUCAGAGACAAGGAGGUUGUCGAAGCCAUCUGGAAGGCUGUUGAGAGCAGCAUGAGAUCCAAGGGCUGGAAGCGCGAUGCCGCCCCGACUAAGAUCUAG